AUGCCUGACCGCAGCAUCAAAACCAGGGGCACUCGCAUUCGCAAGGAUAUCGAGGAGCUCACCCGUCAGGAACUGGACAAGCUUGUGAGGGCCUUCUAUAUGCUCCAGGCUGCAGACCCGGGGAUGCUCCCAAAUUUAAAUGAAGAGUCCUUCUAUGUUAUUGCGGGAUACCAUGGCCAGCCCUUCAGGGGUGCAGGAUACGGUAAUAUGAACUGGUGGGGAGGAUAUUGCCAUCAUGGCAAUGUUCUCUUUCCAACUUGGCACCGGGCCUACCUGCUUCGUCUCGAGGAGGCCCUCAACAACGUGUCCGGCUCUACCGAUGUGGCCCUUCCGUACUGGAACCAGUUCAAGAAGACGGGCGUCCCUAAGAUCUUCACCGACAAGGAAUACACCUUCUCGACCAAGGUCGCCCCCAGCGACUUCAAUUCUAAUGAUAUUCAUACCACAGAGGGGGGUGCUUUCACAAUUCGUAAUCCACUGUAUUCCUACAAGAUGCAGCAACGCAUUUACGAUAACCUAAAGCGCGUCGCUGUCAGUGCAGACGGCCAAAAAACAAAGGCUAUUGAUUACAGCAAGUACAAAGAUUAUGAAACGGUGCGAUGCCCCUAUUCAGGCCUGGUCGGGCCGGGGGAUCUGGAUGAAACCAGAAUAUAUAAUGAAAGUGUCAAAAAACCAAUCGAAGACCUCCAAAAGAAUGUAACGGAAUGGCUCGGCAACAAAAGCACGACUCUCGUCCCAGGCAUGAGCGACCUAUAUGUCAGAGCUGCAUUUGAGGCGCCGAACUACACCGUCUUCUCUAACACUACCUCGGCAGCGAAGUGGAAUGAUGACCAGUACGGUCGCCAGGCCACGUGGAAUCCCAACUUUGCUGUCCCAGUGGAGGAACCUCACAACGGCAUGCAUCUGGCUGUCGGCGGUUACAGUUUCCCCGACGUAAAUAAUACUCGGCCCUACUUCCCCAAGUCGAACGGUGACAUGGGAGAAAAUGACACAGCGUCAUUUGAUCCUAUUUUCUAUUUCCACCAUUCCUUUGUCGACUACAUAUUCGCACUGUGGCAAGAUUUACACCAGGCCGAGGGUGUAAAGAUCAUUGAGAAUUAUCCAGGCACUAGUCCCAUUGACAGCCAGGGUCCGACACCAUUCACAGCAGCGGACUCUCACUUAAAUAUGAAAACUCCGUUGAUCCCAUUCAAACGUAAUAAGACCGAUUACCUGACAUCUGAGGAUGUGGUGGAUAUCAAAGCCUGUGGCUAUAACUAUCAGCCACCUAAGAUUCCACCGGCAGCCCCCGGACCAGUUGGAUCGCCCAGUACAGUGCAGGUUGCCAAAGACACUAAUCAGUCCGCCCUUCCUAUCGUGCGAGUGUCAGGAAUCAGCCGGGCGCAGCGUCCUGGGUCUUUCGUCAUCCGUGUAUUGGCAAGCACCGGGAAAAAGGAGGAAGUGGUAGGUAUCGUGCCUGUCUUCAGCCGGUGGCACGUCCCUAGCUGUACCAACUGCAGCAACACCCUCGAGGUGACUGCACACAAAGUCCUGCAUCCUGAUUUGCUAGUCAACAACAAUGAGAGGUUGAUUCAACUCUCCCCUGAAAAGAGGCUGGAAUGCGCAAAGUCCCUGAAGCUUAGAUUGGAGGUGCUCGAAAACCCCCGCGCGGACCUUCCAUAUAAAGACAUGCCAAAGGAGGGUUUACCUAAAACUGAAGGCCAGGUCUUGACUCCCCUUCACAAGGACAGUAUUCUGGACCCAGACCCAACAGUAGAAGUACUACCAUGCAUGGUUACCAGCCCUAUACGUUGA